AUGAUAACUACACAUCUUUUUUCAAAAAGUAUUAGAACUCAAAUUACAUUGCCACUUCGAUGGUUACAUAUUACAUUGAAUGUACUAAGAUCUAAUUCAUCAUCAUCUGAUUCAUCUUCUGAUUCUGAUUCAGAUUCUGAAUCUUUCAAUAAAAAUAGAACGGGUAAAAACAGAAAUAUUGUAGGAAAUAGUGAUGAUAUUACUAGUUUAACACAUAAUGUAAAAAAUCAAAAGUUGAAAUAUGUAGAUUACUUACAAGCUGCAAAGGAAAAGCAAAAAAGAAAACAGAUUGGAAAACAGUUAACUAAAGCAGCUGAUGUUUUAACUACAACGGUAGAACCAAAUAGAGAGAAAGUUCUUUCAUCAUUAUUAGAUAAUAUUUCUACUAUUCGAAAUGAAGAUAGUUCCAAAGCAUUACAUAGAAUUGUUAAAACAGAAUUUAAACAGCCAGCAAAACAAUCUACUAUUAGGAUGCGGCAGCAAGAACACAAAAUAACAAGUAAUGUUAAUAAAAUUGGUAAACUUCAAAGAGGAUCAUCCAUAAUUUGGGAGUUGCAGGAAGAGCAAGAAAAAAAAAGUAAUAUUAAUAAAACUGAAAGAGAAAGUAAUAUUAAUAAAACUGAAAGAGAAAGUAAUAUUAAUAAAACUGAAAGAAAAGAUGAAGUUCAAAGAGAACCAUCCAUAAUUAGGAUGUUGCAGGAAAAGCAAGAAAUAACAAGUGAUACUACUAAAUUUGAAAGAAAUUAUAAAAAUAAUAGAGGAAGAUUAUCCACAAUUAAAACAGCUGGAAUACAGAAAACAAAAAUAGAAAAUAUUGAUAAGGAUAAAACAAAAACAGAGAAAAGGAGGUACGACGCGUUUACAUAUUGUGAACAAGAUUUCACCAAUGAUUUUGCAAACCCUGCUGUUGUUCCUGAGUUGAAAAUAUGGAACUUAUGUGAAGAAAAAGAAUUGCAGCUCAUAACAACUUUGUUUCCUAAAAAUGGAUUUGAAGAAAUGAUUCAAUGGACACAAGAGGGAAAAUUAUGGAAAUUUCCUAUAGAUAAUGAGCAAGGAAUGGAAAAAGAGUAUAAUGUGCAUUUUUCAAAACAUGUUUUUUUGGAACGUCAUUUGGAAAAUUGGUGCCCUCUUAAAGGACCAAUACGAUAUUUUAUGGAAUUAGUGUGUAUUGGUCUUUCAAAAAAUCCAUAUAUGACAAUUGAAGAAAAACAAGAUCACAUAAUGUGGUACAAAGAUUAUUUUAAUGAUAAACGAGAUUUGUUACAAAAACUGGGACUUGUAGAGUAG